AUGUAUAAAAUGGAAUAUUCUUACCUCAAUUCCUCUGCCUACGAGUCCUGUAUGGCCGGGAUGGACACCUCGAGCCUGGCUUCAGCCUAUGCUGACUUCAGUUCCUGCAGCCAGGCCAGUGGCUUCCAGUAUAACCCGAUCAGGACCACUUUUGGGGCCACGUCCGGCUGCCCGUCCCUCACGCCGGGAUCCUGCAGCCUCGGCACCCUCAGGGACCACCAGAGCAGUCCGUACGCCGCAGUUCCAUACAAACUCUUCACCGACCACGGCGGCCUCAACGAGAAGCGCAAGCAGAGGCGUAUCCGCACCACUUUUACAAGCGCGCAGCUCAAAGAGCUGGAGAGGGUCUUCGCGGAGACGCACUACCCUGACAUCUACACCCGGGAGGAACUGGCCCUGAAGAUCGACCUCACCGAGGCGCGAGUCCAGGUGUGGUUCCAGAACCGCCGCGCCAAAUUCCGCAAGCAGGAGCGCGCGGCCGCGGCAGCAGCGGCCGCGGCCAAAAACGGCUCUUCGGGCAAGAAGUCCGACUCCUCCCGGGACGACGAGAGCAAGGAGGCCAAAAGCACCGACCCGGACAGCACCGGGGGCCCGGGCCCCAACCCCAACCCCACGCCCAGCUGCGGCGCGAGCGGCGGCGGCGGCGGGCCCAGCCCAGCAGGAGCCCCGGGGGCGGCGGGGCCCGGGGGCCCGGGAGGCGAGCCCGGCAAGAGCGGCGCGGCGGCGGCGGCGGCGGCGGCUGCAGCGGCAGCGGCGGCGGCGGCUGCGGCCGGAGGCCUGGCGGCGGCGGGAGGCCUAGGUGCGGCCGCGGGCCCCGGACAAGGCUGGGCUCCCGGCCCCGGCCCCAUCACCUCCAUCCCGGAUUCACUCGGGGGUCCCUUCGCCAGCGUCCUAUCUUCGCUCCAAAGACCCAACGGUGCCAAAGCCGCCUUAGUGAAGAGCAGCAUGUUCUGA